CGCCCGCCUCAGCGCCUGCGCCGCCUCCGCUCGAGCCGUGCAGCGCGGCCUCAGGCACCUGCGCAGCAGAAACGGCGUCAGCGACCGCCAACCGACGGCCCCGCGCCGUCCGCCCCCUGCCCCGCAGGGCCCGCGCCCCACGGCCCGCCCCGCCCCGCCGCACCCACCCAGGCCUCGGCGGCUGCAGGCGGCUCCCAACGCGGCGAGGCUCCGGCGGCCGAGCAGCCCGCGGCCCAGCACCAUGACCGGAGCGGGGCUUGACGGCCCGGCGGCCAGCGGCCGCGAAACACCGGCGUCGGCGCGCCGCAGCCAAUCAGCGUUCGCCUCGCGCCGCCGUCAGCCAAUUAGCGUCCGCUUCUCACCGUCCGCCAGCCAAUAAACGCGCUCGUGCUCAACCCGUUUUCUCCCCGAGCACCGAAUGCCGCGGCCUACGGGACGUGACUGGGGCGGUGACGGUGGCCCGAGAGCUGGGCCGGGAGAGCUGUGCCGCGAGCCUCCGCCUCUUUCCCGGCACCGCACAGCAGCUCCCUGGAGGCCGAGCGUAGCGCCACCCGGGCACCCCGCAGAUCGCGAAGUGGAACGGGCCGUCGCUGGGGCGCGGGGGGGGGGAGGGGAGAGAACAGCGUUCCGAGGCAGUUGGUUCUCUCCGGGAUGCCGUAGGCAUCAGCUGACUGGUCCAGCUCACGUGACUGCAGGGGCCCUUGGUUGGAGUCAUGGCGCCCUCCAGGCCACUGUCCCGCUUCUGGGAGUGGGGGAAGAACAUCGUCUGCGUGGGGAGGAACUACGCGGACCACGUCAGGGAGAUGCGCAGCGCGGUGUUGAGCGAGCCCGUGCUGUUCUUGAAACCGUCCACGGCCUACGUGCCCGAGGGCUCGCCCAUUCUCAUGCCCGCGUACAGCCGCAACCUGCACCACGAGUUGGAGCUGGGCGUGGUGAUGGGCAAGCGCUGCCGCGCAGCCCCCGAGUCCGCGGCCAUGGACUACGUGGGCGGCUAUGCCUUGUGCCUGGAUAUGACCGCCCGGGACGUGCAGGACGAGUGCAAGAAGAAGGGGCUGCCCUGGACUCUGGCCAAGAGCUUCACGGCGUCCUGCCCGGUCAGCGCGUUCGUGCCCAAGGAGAAAAUCCCUGACCCUCACAACCUGAAGCUCUGGCUCAAGGUCAACGGCGAGCUGAGACAGGAGGGUGAGACAUCCUCCAUGAUUUUUUCCAUCCCCUACAUCAUCAGUUAUGUUUCUAAGAUCAUAACCUUGGAAGAAGGAGAUAUUAUCUUGACUGGGACGCCAAAGGGAGUUGGACCUGUUAAAGAAAACGAUGAGAUCGAGGCUGGCAUACACGGGCUACCCAAAGUCUUCUCAGCAACAUUUCCUGUGAGACUACAGGAAUGAAGGGUACCUGUGUGAUCAGUCAGAUCGAUCAGCAUUUCAAAACUGACAAAGACAGAUUUAAAGUCCAAGGAGUUUUUGUUGCAAGUUGUGCACAUGUUAGAUGCUUCAUUUACAAUAUAACCACAGCUGGAACUGAAAAGAAACAGACAAUGAUAAAAUGUGAUGGCUCUAAGCGACAAAUUUCAUCUUUAGCAGAAAAAGAAUUAUCACUAAAAACUCUUAAGUCAGUGUGUGGGAAACUUACUGAGUGUUCAGUGCUGUGUAGAGUAUAAGACACUCAUAAAAAAACAGUAAAACACACUUUCUAUGCAGUGAUUCUCAGGAUUCAUCUGAAACUUCGUACACCAGUCCUCUCUCUGCCCUCCCUUCUUCCUUCCCUCUGUCGGUUCUGCCAAGCCCUCAAGGUCCAGCCCAGCCUUAUUUCCCUGCUGGAGCCCUCCCUUCCUACAUCCUAGCCAGCACCCUUUCCCUCCUGGAACAGCAGCAGAGCGCACGCCUCUGGAAUGACUUGUCCUGUUGCAUCAGCUCCUUAUUUUCUCCUCACUGAUUGGGAGUUUGAGGGCAGGAACUGUGUCUUGUGCCUGGAAAGCACGAAUUCAACAGCUGCUCACUGGAUGGUCCUGCACAGGGUCUUCUCUACAAAUACAGAAAGCCCUGCAAAGCUGACCAGGUGGCACCCAGAUGCUACUAAAACUGCUGGUGAUACACUUGCCUCUCUUUCAGUGGUUUAUGCUAUUCAAUAGUUCUGAAGCAGGCCUGACUUCAGCAAUUUUGAAUAGGGAGCCUAAUUCAAGUUUCUCAAAUAGAGGAAAUGAACUAAAGAUAGUGGUUUCUUGUCUGGCCACAGAUCACUUGGUUUAGCAAAUUUUAUAUGCUUUUCCUCAGAUAAUAAUAAAUGUACAGG